AUGGCCGUCGUUGUGGCGGAGCGCGACCCUCGCCAUCUGCGCGGCAUCGUGGACAUGGGAAGUAACGGCAUUCGCUUCUCGAUAUCCACGCUUCAGCCUCCAACAGAGCGCAUCAUGCCGACCCUGUACCAGCACAGAGCUGGAAUUUCGCUAUAUGACGCACAGUACUCCCAGACAGGCGAGCGAAUUCCGAUCGACGAUACCACCAUUUCGGCCGUGAUAACGUCUUUUAAGAAGUUCAGGCGCACGUGUCAAGACUUCAGUGUGCCGGAGGAGAAUAUCACGGUGCUUGCGACGGAGGCCACUCGUACCGCGGUGAAUUCUGAAGAGUUCAGAUCCAGGAUCAAAAAGGCAGUGGGCUGGGAUGUGACGAUAUUACCGAAGGAGGAAGAGGGCAGGGUGGGCGCGAUGGGUGUUGCAAGUUCGUUGCCGGAGAUUAGCGGACUUGUCAUGGAUCUGGGAGGCGGAAGUACGCAAUUGAGUUGGCUUGUCAAGAAGAGUGACAGCGAGGAUGUUGAGAUGCCCAAGUCGGGCGCUGUCAGCAUGCCUUAUGGAGCAGCUGCGAUGUCAAGAAGGCUUGAGGAAGCGGAGCAAAAGGGCACAGUGAAGGACUUGAGAGAGGAGAUCAGGGCGGCCGUCGAAAAGGCUUACGAAAGCUUGAGGAUUCCAGCAGAUCUUGAAAGCGCUGCAAAGAAAGCAGGAGGCUUCACGCUCUACCUAUCAGGAGGUGGUUUCCGAGGUUGGGGCUACGUGCUCAUGAGCCAGCAUCGAGUCAGCCCUUACCCCAUUCCCGUUAUCAACGGCUUCAAAGUCGGUCGGAAAGAGUUCCUUAGUACCGACCAAGUCAAAGCUGCAGCUGCAGCGUCUCUCAGCCGAGACGAAGACGAGCUAUUUCGCAUAUCAGAUCGACGAGCAGCGCAAGUUCCAGCCGUGGCCCUGCUGGUCAACGUUUUAGCAGAAGCCCUUCCUCUCGUCAACGAAGUCCGCUUCUGCCAAGGAGGCGUGAGAGAAGGCUACCUCUUCUCGUCGCUGGCGUCACACGUCAAAGCCGAGUUGCCGCUCGUGGUUGCCACGAGGCCUGUGGCCAUGCAAAAAGACCCAUCACCACUUGUCGACUUACUCGAGGCGGCUGUCCCGUCCGGAACAACGCAAGGAGCUCUCGAUGACUACAAAAGCGUCUUCACGCGUGAGCUCUUGGAGGCCUUUGCCAAUCUCAUCCAAUAUCACUCCAGCCACUCGAAAGAUCUCCAAGCCACGGCUGCGCUCCGAUCAACAACAUCCGGCAUCCUAGCAGGCGUCCACGGCGUCCUCCACGAAUCUCGUGCCCUCAUCGCCUUGAUGCUCUGCGCUCGGUGGGGAAGCAACAUCCCUCCUUCUGACGAAAUGUUCAAACGCAGUCUCGAGCAACUAGUGGAAUCACCUUGGACAUUAUGGUCGAUCAAUUACCUCGGGGCUGUCGCUGCUUUGGUUGCCAGUGUCUAUCCGGCUGGUAUCACGGAAGCGAAUAAGGGGAGGUUGCAGCUCAAUGCGUCGUGGGAUAGGGAUGAGAAGGCUCGAACAGUACUGCUUCUGAAAGCGAAGAUCUCUGCGGAUGUAGACGAGGAGGUGUUUGGGAUCGAAGCGCAUGGUGUGGAGAGGGUGGGAAAGAAGAAGAGGUGGAUUGGAGGGAGAGAGGGGAUUGGGCAUCGCGUGUCUGUUGAUGUCUCCAGUGUGUCUCAGUAG